CAUAUUGCAAGAUAUGAACCCAUCCCUGUGAUGACGUCAGAGGUUCGUUGAAGUCUGCAUAGGUGGGUGAGCAUCACCAGAAGAACCACUUCCAGGUCCACGAUAGAUGAGGAAGGUGGACUUUUGUGGACUUGGAGCGUGCAGCUUUUCUGGGAUUCUUCUUAAGACGACUCCAGUAGACCACACGUUUGCGCCACAGUUUCGGAGGAGGAGGAGGAUGGUGAUGAUGAAAAGGAGUUGUCGGAGGACGGGUCCAAUGGAGCGCCGUGCAGAACCUUGAACCCUCAUGGAGACAUGGCACAGCGGUUCCUCUCGUCCGCCUUCAUGCUGACCGUCUCGCUGUCGUGUACCUACCUGUGCUACACGAUCAUCUUUGGCCGCACAACCGUUAAUUCGGGUCGGAUGUAUGAGGGGAGCCGAUGCCCGCCGAACCCCAACGCGGCCGGGAAGAAACUUCUCGCCCAGUCGGAGCAGUGUGCCCGGCUGCGGUGGGUCCGCGCCGCCGCAGCCGGAGCCCCUCCCGGUGCUUUCGGACCUCUUCCUCCCUCUCCCCCGUCUCGCUGGGUGAAAAACUCAAGUUUGGCGCAAAGGUACGGAAAUAAAAAACUCCCUGGCGUCUUAAUAGUGGGAGUGAAGAAAGGAGGAACCAGGGCGGUGCUGGAGUUCAUUCGGAUCCAUCCAGAUGUGCGCGCGCUCGGAACCGAACCCCAUUUUUUCGACCGCAACUACGACCGAGGACUCGACUGGUACAGGGGUCUCAUGCCACGAACACUGGACAGUCAGAUCACGCUGGAGAAGACCCCUAGCUACUUUGUCACAAGGGAGGCACCCCGUCGCAUCUCCAGCAUGUCCCAUCAGACCAAACUGAUCGUGGUGGUGCGCAACCCAGUCACCCGGGCCAUCUCGGACUACACGCAGACUCUAUCAAAGAAGCCCGACAUCCCCACCUUUGAAGAUCUAGCCUUUAAGAAUAGGAGCAUGGGCGUUGUGGAUACCUCGUGGAACGCCAUCCGCAUCGGCAUGUACAUUCUACACCUGGAGAACUGGCUGCGCUAUUUCCACCUCUCACAGAUGCACUUUGUGAGCGGCGAACGCCUCAUCACGGACCCGGCGGGCGAGAUGGGUCGCGUUCAGGACUUCCUGGGACUCAAGAGGAUCAUCUCAGACAAGCACUUUUACUUCAACAGGACCAAGGGUUUCCCGUGUCUGAAGAAGCCGGAGAGCAGCGGGCAGCCUCGCUGCUUGGGGAAGUCCAAGGGCAGAACUCACGUACAAAUAGAGCAGGAGGUUAUUGAGCAGCUGCAGGAGUUUUAUAGACCCUUCAACAUCAAAUUCUUUGAAACAGUUGGACGGGACUUCAAGUGGGAUUGAACUGAAACUUCUACUUGGGCAAGUAUGAAUACUUUGACUUGAAACCUCUUAAAAUUUAUUGGAAGCUGCUCGACAAAAAUGAACUCAUCCAGAGACCUGAUUGUCAAACCAGGAAGUUGUUUGCAUUUACGUAAAAAAGAAAAUCCCUUGGAAUAUUUAUGGAACAAAACAGACGGCAUCCGCUGGAACUGUCACGAGCCAAGCCACAGGAUUGAAUGUGUCACGUACACACCCGUAAAAAAGUUCUCGAUGUGCUUGAAUGCAAAUAACCAACAACAUCUUCAUGCAAACUGCUGAAAACAGGGUUCUCAUACAAAAACUCGAUGGUAUGUACAGGAAAAGUAAAACACACAAAAAAAAUGUAUUUUGGAAUUGAAUGUGUCACAUAAAGAUUGAAAUAUAGUAUUAUCCUCGAAAGCCCUAAAAUCGUAUUCACCAAGUUCAGUUUGGGUAAGCUGUAUGGGGUACCAAAACAAUGGAACCACAAUGGACUACAGUACCCCCAUAUGGGCGGAGCUACACACCCAGCAUUCCAUUGAUUGGUUAAUGGAAAAUGGUCACUUUUGUCUGACGAUGGGCAGUACCGUCGUGAGUAGAACCAAAUUGGGGAACAUAUGGCUGCUGAUUAUCUAAAGAAA